AAAUGCUGGUAAAGAUAUUCAGAUACGUAUAUAAGCAUACUGAAGUAGAGUACUGGAAUCUCCUAGCUUAAGUUUCGGGUCUCAAGUAACAAAUAUCCACUUUCACUUCAAAAAUCAUCGUUUGCAAAGUGAAUUCGCGGAAAGUGGCUGCUGUUGAUAAAAGCCUUCAGAUAAAACUUGACGUGAAUCUUGAAACUCAAAAACAUUACGAGCUCAAUUCCAAAGUACAACCAGGUACACGAUGGCCGAAGAUACCCAAUUUCUACUGCCACAGGAGCAAAAGAAACAGAAAAAAGUCGUCAGACUUCCAAAGGCGUUCUCUAGACUCAAUCCUCGUUCUAUAAUCGUGACGGUCCUUGCAGGCUUUAUCAGCUACCAGCUUUUCGGUCACAAGAAACCAACCAAAAAGAAUAUCAUCUUCUUUGUCACUGAUGGUAUGGGUCCAGCUUCUUUAUCUCUUACAAGAAGUUUUAGACAAUUUCGUGAUGGAUUACCAAUUGACGAUAUAUUGGAGCUCGAUAAACAUUUAAUUGGAUCUUCAAGAACUAGAUCAUCAAGUUCAUUAAUCACUGACUCCGCUGCUGGUGCCACUGCUUUUUCUUGUGCCAUGAAAUCCUACAAUUCAGCAAUUGGUGUUGACCCAAAAGAGAACCCAUGUGGUACACUUUUAGAAGCUUUGAAGCUACAAGGUUACUUUACCGGUUUAGUUGUCACUACUAGAAUUACAGAUGCUACACCAGCAGCUUUUUCAAGUCAUACCUCUUUAAGAAUUUAUGAAGAUUUGAUUGCUCAACAUCAAAUUGGUGAUUAUCCUCUUGGUAGAGUUGUGGAUUUGAUGAUUGGUGGAGGUAGAACUCAUUUCUAUCCUCCAAAUGAUCAAAAAUAUGGUACUAGAGGUUCAAGACAAGAUGAUAGAAAUUUGAUUGAUGAAGCUAUUAAAGAUGGUUGGAGUUAUGUUGGUAACAGAACUGAAUUUGAUCAAUUGAAAUUAGGUGAAAAUGUUCAAUUACCAUUAUUAGCAUUACUAGAAGACUACGACAUUCCAUUUGAUUUGGAUAGAGAUGAAACUGUUCAUCCAUCACUAGAAGAAGAAGCAUUAGUUGCCUUGAAUGCAUUGACCGAAGCUACAAAAGAUUCUGAUAAAGGGUUUUUCUUAUUAGUCGAAGGUUCAAGAAUUGAUCAUGCUGGCCAUAAUAACGACCCUGCUGCUCAAGUUCGUGAAGUUUUGGCUUUUGACAAAGCCUUCAAGGCUGUUAAGGAUUUUGCUGAAAAUUCAGAUGUUGAAACUAUCUUAAUCAGUACUUCAGACCACGAAACUGGUGGGUUAGCUACUGCAAGACAAAUAUCUCCAAACUAUCCUGAAUACAUUUGGUACCCAGAAGUAUUAUUGAACGCUAAGCACUCUGGUGAAUUCUUGACAAAGAAGAUUGCAAAUUAUGAUGGUGAUGACUUGAAAACAUUUAUUAUUGAAGAAAUUUUAAAGAAAGAUUUAGGUAUCAAAGAUUUCACCGAUGAGGAGGUUGAUUUAUUGGUUAAAAACAAGGCCAACACACAUUAUAUAUUGAACAAUAUUGUCUCAUUUAGAUCUCAAACUGGCUGGUCAACUCAUGGUCAUAGUGCAGUUGAUGUUAACAUCUAUGCUUAUUCCAACAAGAAGCCAACAUUAUUCAAAUUAUAUGAAAAACUAUCAGGAAAUCAUGAAAAUAUUGAAAUUGGACAAUUCAUUGCUGAUCAUUUCGAUUUGGAUUUAGAAUAUGUUACUGAUUUAGUUCGUGAUACCCAACACAAACCAAAAAAUUUUGAAGCAUAUAAAAUUGAAGCUGACAACUACCAUGGCUCAAACUGA